AUGGCUGACCAUCAGAUCGAUGACCCGAAGAUCGCCUUUGCUUACCUGAGGCCCUCCUGUGUUCUGCUGACUAAAGAACCUACGCUGUCUAACAUAAAGGCUCUGAGCAGCAACCUACACGACAUUAGUGAUGGAGCUCUCCAGCUGCUUCAGGACUAUGUCCUGUUCCCCUUGCGUUUUGUCCUCAAGACCCCUGGGACCAAGAGAGAUGGAGUCGUCCAGGCUGUCAUGGAGGCUAUCACGUAUGUCCUGGAGAAGACUUGUGUUCAGAGUUGGGAAUCUUUACGUGAUCUGUUUUCUGAACUGUGUCUAUGUGUUUGCUCUCCGACUGACCCCGGAAAGCCGGCUCUAGUCUCCGAGGAGCUGAAGUUGGCGGUGCUGAGAUGCGUAGAUGCCCUUUUGCAUUCUGCGUACGGCGAUGUGGUGUUCAAGCUGUACGAGCCUGCGAUGCUACCUGGACUGGGAGCCGCCGUGUCCCUCUUUCUGGCUCUUGCAGAACGAGAGAAAGACCGAGGGGUGCAGGGGGCAGCUCUGCAGUGCCUUCUGUCUCUGUUCCUGCGGUGCGAGUGUGACCGAACACAUGUGGAGCCGGAGGAAGAAGAAAGACCCGUGCUAGGUAGGACUCUGGCCUCAUUCCUGCCUGGAAUUAUUCGUUCCCUGAGCCAUGUAAUUAGUGGGGAUGUGAGACAAGGCCAUGCAGUUACAGUGAAAGCAAUGAGGGUUUGGUACACCACAGUCGGCCUGGUGAUGGCUGACGAUCAGCUUCAGAACGCUGCCACAGAGACUGUGGAGUCACCUGAGCUUGGAAGAGUUGUACAACUGGUGGUAAAAAGAACCGACUCCUGGAGGAAGUCCACCUCCGAACGGCUCGUCCUGGCCUUGCAGAAGGUCAUCUCGUACACCUCUGCUCACCAACACUGGCGAGUGAGACUCGAACUAGUAAACCUUUCGGACCACCUUCUCACCCACUGCAGCAGGUCUCUACCUGAAUGCACCGGCCCAUUGUUAGAAUCCUUGGUCGGGGCUGUUAACGAUGAAGAACCUCGGGUUAAACGGAGGUGCGAUGCAGUUUUGGGUGAGGUAUCUAGAAGAAACCAAGCUAUAGGAGGUCAGGCUCUAGCAGAUGUCCUGUCAGAGAACUUGCACAGCCUGACGACUUCCUUACCUCGACUCAUGAGAACGACCGACGACAAACGUAAGCUGUUUAUCAUUAAUGUCUUCCUGGGGUACCUGAAGAUUUUGGGUCCUCAGGUGAACUUUGUACUCACAUCAGCCGCCCACUUGCACCGCAUCUCCAAAGCGCUGAUGCAGGUUUUGGAGUUGGACGUCACAGAUGUGAGAAUCGUUGAGGAAAGGAGUUGUGCACCCUUGGCAAACCUGGGACCGGAUGCGUACGACGUACAGAAGCAGAGAAAAUACUUCCUAUAUUUUACAGACGAGAAGAUCUUCUCAGCGCUGAAGCAGAUUUGCCGGAUGCUGGGUCGUUAUGGUAACCUCUACCUCUUAGUGGACCACUUUCUGGAGCUCUACAAGGAGUCAUCGAUUUAUCGUAAACAAGCUGCUUUGGUCCUCAACGAGGUCAUUACAGGGGCGGCAGGAAUUGGCACGAACAGAGAUGAAUCGAUCACAGACGGUUCAGCAGAUAACGCUGAUACGCCUUCUGGGGUGAGUCAGGAAGACCUCAAAUGUGCCAUCACGUCCAUCAUUGAGGAAUACAUUAGCCUGAAUAACUGGCAUCUUCCCACCCUGGUAGAGGACGCACAUGAAGAACAGCAAGAGACACGCCCGUCUUCAGUCCCGUCCUUUUUAAGCAGCUGUAAUGGGAGCAGCCUACAACUGGUUCCGACCUCCAAUACUGGUCUCAAAGCUCCGACGCUCCAUCAGCUGAACAGCAACAUCUGGCAAAUCUGUAUCCAGCUAGAAGGAAUUGGCUCGUUCGCAUUGGCUCUGGGCACCGACUUCUGUCCACUUCUGAUGACCUCUCUGUACCCAGUGCUGGAAAAAGCAGGAGAUGCAUCAUUACUGGUCAGCCAAUCAGCCCUCAGCACCAUGCGCAACCUUUGUGUGGCUUGCGAUUACGGCUCACCCAAGGACCUGGUCAUAAGCAACGCGGACUACCUGCUGAACGACGUCUCUCUGAACCUGGGCAGACUCGGCACCCAUCCUCACGCCCCGCGCGUCCUCGCUGUCAUGUUCACCCAUUCAGACGCCGAUCUGCUUCCCCUGGUAGCCGACGUGGUUCAGGAUGUGCUGACGGCACUGGAUCUGAGCUACGAGCAGAGAUCCCUGCAGUUCUGUUCAGUUCUCCAUUCAUUGAUGAAGGCACUAGUAAGGUGGUUUCCCAGCAGCACUGGAGAACACAGCGAGUCUUCCAGAGUCACGUCACACACCAACAAUCCUGCACCUCCUAACCUGCAACAGUUCCUGCUGGACUACAGGAGACAGAAGGACCUCGCUGAGGGCAUCGGUGCUGAGGAGGACGAUCCCAGUGAUGAAGAUGUUCGUCCAGCUGCAGCUCCUCAAGGCGAAGUGGAGGAGGACGAAGGUCCUGAUGUGAAACCAGAACUGCCUUUGCACGCGUCUCUUACUAAAGAUGUGAUGGAGCGCUGCGUCCACCUGCUCUCGCAGCCCAGUCUGGCAGUACGGCUGAAGGUGCUGGAUAUCGUAGAGCUGUGUGUGUUGGUAUUAAGUGAGGUGGAAAAUGAACUGUUACCCAUGGUGCACCGCUGCUGGCCUGCACUGCUCCAGCGCCUCACCAAUGACGACCCGCUGGCCAUACCCCGAGCUUUCAGGGUUUUGUGUGUGCUGGGUGAGACGUGUGGUGAUUUCCUGAGGAAACGGGUGUCCAAGGAGGUCCUGCCACGGCUCACCUCGUCCCUGUCGCGCCAGGCUGAGACCAGCGCCCGCUCCGGCCCCCUGUACACACACACGCUGGCAUACAAACUGCAGCUGGCAGUGCUGCAGGGUCUCGGACCCUUGUGUGUACGACUGGAUUUGGUCGACUCAGAUCUGGACCACAUCAUUGAGGCCUGUCUUCCCUACCUAAGCUGCAGACAGCCAAUCAGAUUACAGGAAGCUUGCCUCAGCGUGUUCCGAAGCCUGAUGCACUUGGACCCGGACGCGUGCUGGUUCGCCCUGAACGAGCUGUACUGCCCCGUGACCUACGACCCCCCUCACACGCUCCUGCUCCCCGUCCAGCUGAGCGGAAUGAACCGAGCGAGGAACGAAUACACACACAACGUCCUCAAACUGCUCGAGGAAUUCAGCUAACCUGCAGCGGGACCAACGAUUGAUGAUGUGAUGGGAAGCUGCGAUUAGACGAUUCUGGACGUUUAAUAGCCAAAAAAGACACAAAGAUGAAGCGGAUCGGUGUUGCACAGCUAGUUAACAAUGUUAUUAUAUAAAAUGAUUGUGUACAGAUAUAUUUAGAGAAGAGAGAGGGUGUUAAUGUGUAAUAGAAGCUAAAUAUUGUGCUUUUGUUUAUCUGACCACUUUUUUAUGAUAAUAUUUUAAUAACCAUAAAUUUGU